ACGGUCGGAGGAUCGCCUGACACACUAUUUGCAGCGGUAAUGGAUUUCCAUAAUAUAUCCACAAUGGCAUAAAACCGCAUCUAGUUUUCUCGUGAUUUUGUUCGGGGAUAUCAUUACCAGUAUUACACUCAUCAAACUUCUUCAAUUCUUCAAUUAAGCUAUACCAUCGCGAACAGCUUCUUUAAAGUGAAUAGCCUACAUAUAAUCUAUUCACUGAGCUAAAUUGGAACGAGGAAACUGCCAGAGGAGGACGUGGGAGCAGCCUUUUCAAUGACUUGGAUGGAGGGCAAGCGCACAGCGCACUCACUCAUUCUCUGGAUUAACUCGGCUUGGAAGCAGAGCGAAGGGAAGUGCAAGGAAGGUGCAGCGCUGCAAAGGUCUCCCUACUAAGAUUUGGUCCGAGUUUCUUGGCUACUUGGUCGCUCGUUGUCGCAAACGGCAGCCGUUCAGCUAAAUAGAGCAAGCCGUUUUUAAUGCGGAGGAAAGCCUCCAGUCUUGCGAGGCACGUCGACGGGUGGCUGGAGAAUGGAACGGUCUUCAGCAUUUCAAUGGGCAACACAGGCGCGCUUUUAUCCUAACGGGGAUCUGGCGAACUGCGUAGGAAUUUGAACUGUCUCAGAGUUAACGUAUUUGGAUUUUUCUACCGGAGCAAGGGAAAAGAAGAGGAAGAAGAUAACUAAUAGGAUUGGAUUCUGAGGGCUUCAUAGUAUACAAACGAAUGGCAUAUCGCUUGAACGCGGAGGGGGAUAUGGGCAACACAGGCUUGGCUGAGUUAUAUGGAAUGAAACCGAGCGCACCUUGCAUCGAAAUGAUUUAAUCGAAAUCGAAUGAGGCCAAGCAGAAAAGAAAUAUGGGAAAACAUGAGAUGUGAGAAGAUUCGAUUCCCCUGAUCCUCGGUUUUCUGAGCAGGGCUGGCGUUCCUUCUUCAAGGUGUUGAAACCUGACUUACAAUGGAAAAACUGCUGGUCUGUCUGUUAGUCCUUGGAAUGGCAGUGAAGGCCCAGACUUGUCCAAAGCGCUGUGUGUGUCAAGUGUUAUCGCCCAACCUUGCCACCCUCUGUGCCAAAAAAGGGCUCCUCUUUGUCCCGCCAAACAUCGACCGCAACACCGUGGAACUCCGCCUGGCCGACAACUUCGUCACCAGCAUCAAGCGGAAAGACUUUGCCAACAUGACGCGGCUGGUGGACUUGACGUUGUCACGGAACACCAUCAGCUACAUCACACCGCACGCGUUCGCUGACCUGGAGAACCUGCGCGCGCUCCACCUCAACAGCAACCGGCUGACGCGCAUCGCCAACGACACCUUCAGCGGCAUGUCCAAGCUGCACCACCUCAUCCUCAACAACAACCAGCUCAUGCUUAUCAGCCUUGGGGCGUUCAACGACCUCCUGGCUCUGGAGGAGCUUGACCUCUCCUACAACAACCUGGAGUCCAUCCCCUGGGAAGCCAUCCAGCGCAUGACCAGCCUCCACACGCUCAGCCUGGACCACAACAUGAUCGACUACAUUCCCGAGGGCACCUUCUCGCUGCUGCAGAAGCUCAACCGACUUGACGUGACAUCCAACAAGCUCCAGAAGCUUCCGCCGGACCCGCUCUUCCAGCGGGCGCAGGUGCUGGCCACAUCGGGCAUCAUCGGGCCAACGUCGUUCGCGCUCAGCUUCGGCGGGAACCCGCUGCACUGCAACUGCGAGCUGCUCUGGCUGCGGCGGCUGCAGCGCGAGGACGACCUGGAGACGUGCGCGUCGCCGCAGCACCUGUCCGGACGCUACUACUGGUCCAUCCCCGAGGAGGAGUUCCUGUGCGAGCCGCCACUCAUCACCAGCUACUCGCCGGAGACGCGUGUCCUGGAGGGCCAGCAAGUGGCGCUGCGCUGCAAGGCGCGCGGCGACCCGGCGCCGGCCAUCCACUGGAUCUCGCCAGAGAGCAAGCUGGUGUCCAACACGUCGCGCACGGUCGUUUACGCCAACGGCACGCUGCACAUCACCAUCACCACGGUCAAGGACACGGGCAAGUUCACGUGCAUCUCGACCAACCCGGCAGGCGAGGCGCAACAGACGGUCGAGCUGACCAUCAUCAAGCUGCCGCACAUCACCAACAGCACCAACAACAUCCAGGAGACCGACCCCGGCUCCUCGGACAUCUCCACGUCCACCCGGGCAGGCGCCAAUGGCAGCAACCAGACUGCCGAUGUCAAGACCAGCCCAGACAAGCGUGUGGUCAUCGCCGAGGCCACAUCCUCCACUGCGCUGAUCAAGUUCAAUUUCCAGAGGAAUAUCCCUGGGAUCCGCAUGUUUCAGAUCCAGUACAACGGCACCUAUGACGACUCUCUGGUUUACAGAAUGAUUCCUCCCACGAGCAAAAACUUCCUGGUGAACAACCUGGCGGCCGGCACCCAGUACGACCUGUGCGUGCUGGCCAUCUACGACGACGGCAUCACCUCGCUGACCGCAACGCGCGUGGUGGGCUGCGUGCAGUUUACGACCGAGUCCGAGUACCUGCGCUGCCACUUCAUGCAGUCGCAGUUCCUGGGCGGCACUAUGAUCAUCAUCAUCGGCGGAAUCAUCGUGGCCUCCGUGCUGGUCUUCAUCAUCAUCCUCAUGAUCCGCUACAAGGUGUGCAACACGAGCGACUCGGCCAAGGGCGGCCGCAUGAUGGUCACCACCAACGUCCACUCGCAGACCAACGGCGCGCAGUCGCAGGGCUGCACUGUCACGCCAUCCGUCUCCAAGCAGACCAUGGCGUCGGGGAAGGAUGGAGGUGGUGGGGGAGGAGAUGGCGGAGGAGGAGCCGGGGGGAGCCAGAAAGGCCCUCCGCUGGACACGCUGACCCACUCGUCGGAGACGAGUAUGUCUCUGGCUGAGUGCUCCACCGCUACCUCGCAGCAGCUCAGCCAGGGCUGGACCACCACGGGCACGUCGUCCGGCACGCUCAAGAACAAGCGCAAGGGCGCCGCGGCCAAGCAGCCCGCCGGAGGCGUCCCCGGCUCGGCUUCGUCCAGCGCAGCCGCCACCGCCGCCGCCGCCAAGAGCCCGGAGCCCAGGGUCGAGGCGCUGCUGAACGCGGAGACGCAGCAGAACACCAACCGCAACAACUCCACUGCCCUGCAGCAGCCACCGCCGCCCCCGAUGAUGGCGCCCCCGGUGGCGGGUGGGGGAUCCGCGGCCCCCUCACACCCAGCCCUGGCCCCCGUGCGUUUCAAGGACACGCCCAUCCUCCGCAGGGUCCAUCCGAGGCCCUCCGCCUCCAAGUACCUGACACUUCCCGUGGAGGGCUCGAGGUCCAAGCGCAGGUACUCGCUCAACGAGGACCUGUCCAAGCACCACUGCUACGUGGGCUCGGCCAAGUUCGGCAAUGUGUGGUCGGCCAAACGGAGCCUUUCAAUGAACGGCAUGCUGCUGCAGCCGGACGUGGAGGGCGGCAAGGGCACAUACUCCAGCGCAGAGUGGAUUCUUGAAAGCACUGUGUGAAUGUAAACGUGGGACCGAGUGACCGUGUGUAUGUCACUCAUGUUUAUGUAUGUACGUGUGUAUGUUGUUAUCAAAAUAAGUGUGUGUGAGUGAGUGUGUGUGCUGUGUUUUGCAUCAUUUUUAUUUCCCCUUUUCCCUUCAAAGGAUUUAUUUGUCUACUUUUUGUCUCUUUUUUUAUUUUCAUGAAGAACAACAGACAGUCGGAAGAGGCCUGACUAAUCAAACCCAUCUCUUAUUUUUCCUUUCUUUGCGUUCACCUCUCUACAGGGCGCUGUUGCCACAGUUCAGUAGCCUUGGCACUUUUCACAAUCACCUCCAUUUCAAAACCAAUGACCGGAGAAAAAGAAAUGCUUUCACAUUUUCUGUACUUAGACUUUCCAUACUUACCUUGGCAAGAGAAAAAAAAAAGCAUUGGUGCCUUCCUUUGCAUAACAGUUGUCCUCUUGCCAAGCACCAACCAAGAAAUGAGUUUCGCACAGAUCAAGAAAUGUGGUAUCGAGGAACCAGAAAGAUUUCACAAAAAGCCUUUCUACUCAAGGAAAUAAACGUUUCCUUCAUACUAUAAUGACACAAACACACACACAAUUACAAAAAAAGAACAAUUAUCAAAGGACUUAUUACAGGACCUGUUAUUAAAUUCAUAUUUUUUAAAGAAAAAAAAAGUAUUCUUUUCGGUGACGUUGAUACUGCCUUUGUUUAAAGGCUAUAAAACUAUGUACAGGAUGACAACAUCUGCUGUGU